AUGACGGAUCAACCAGCCAGCCUCCAAGAACCAUCUCCACUUGAUGUCCUUCGCUAUCGUUACCAACAUGGCACCAAUUUCGGCUCUAUCUUUGUGCUCGAGAAAUGGCUCACUCCUAGCAUGUAUCAAGAAAAGGCCGACUCCGCCGAACUCGCGGCUGUGACUGGCAACAUCAAAGCAAUGGGAUUUGAUGCAGCGAAACAAAAGUUCGAGAACCACUGGGAGACGUACAUCAGCGAUUCGGAUUUGGAUUGGCUCGCAAACGAAGCCCAUUGUACCUCGGUCCGUCUGCCCAUCGGAUACUUCACACUGGGACCGGCUUAUUGCGAAAACACACCUUUCGAACCUUCUGCCGCAGUAUACCAGAAUGCAUGGCCAGCUGUAAAGCGUCUCGUCAGCCGUCUUACUGCCAAGGGCAUUGGUACUCUUCUCGACUUGCACUCUCUGCCUGGUGGUGCAAACGGAGGCGACCACUCAGGAACCAACAGUGGAAAAGCCGAGCUUUGGAAGUCAAAGAAGAACCUGGAUCUUGCUACCCGCUGCCUGCUGUUCAUUGCUCACGAAGCUCGGUCAAUGGAUGGCGUGGUUGGUCUCCAGCUGGUCAACGAAGCUGAGUGGGACGCUCACGGCAUGUACGGCUGGUACGACUCUGUCAUUGGUCAAAUCGGCGGCAUCGACAAUACCAUUCCUCUCUACAUCUCGGAUGCUUGGGCUCUUGGUCCCGCAGUUGGUUAUGUCAAUGGAAAGAACAGUCUUCAUGCUGGUCGGGUAAAUCCUAUUGUCAUCGACACCCACUUGUACUGGGCAUUUUCAGACGAUGACAAGAAGAAGCACCCUGGUGAGAUCGCAAAUGAGGCAAGAUCAAAGUUGAGCGAGCUCGAUGGUCACGAUGGCAAUGUCAUAGAUCAUGGUGCCGCACAAGUUGUCAUUGGCGAAUACAGCUGUGUCUUGACUGAAGAUUCCUGGGGCAAAGCUGCUGCUCACGAGAAGGAAAACCUUGUACGCGAGUUUGGCCAAGCCCAAACACAAAGAUACCAACAGAGGGCUGGUGGAAGCUUCUUCUGGACAUACCGCAUGGACUGGAUGGACGGCGGAGAGUGGGGUUUCAGGCAGCAGACCAACAACGGCGCGAUUACAGCUCCUCACAACCUUGCUCUCUCGAACGACGAUGUUCAGUCUCGUAUCUCACACGCACAGUCUCAGUCCGAUGGAAAGUUCGGACAGACCUUCGGCAGUCAUUGCCAGUACUGGGACAGCAACCACCCGGGCGAGUACGAGCAUUGGCGUUUCGAGAGUGGAUGGAAGCUUGGUUUCAACGAUGCAAUGACUUUCUUUGGUGCAAGAGCCAACGGACGCAUUCCUGGCACUGGAGGUGACAAGAUUGGUAUGCUGGACAUCUGGACCAAGAAGAGAAUUGUCGAGAGUGGCCAGGCAGGUAAACUGUUGUGGGAGUUUGAGCAGGGUUUCAGACAAGGCAUCCGUGACUUCUACGAGCUUGCUGGUGUCUAG